AUGCCUCCCGGCUCUCCGAGCCUAGAUGAUUUUAUUCUGAUGAAGGUCAUUGGCAAGGGCUCCUACGGCAAGGUGAUGCUGGUAAGGCACAAAGCCGAAGGAGAGGAUCAUGUCUAUGCAAUGAAGAUGCUCCGAAAGGAGAACGUGAUAAAACGAAACCAGGUAGAGCACACGAAAACGGAGAGAAAUGUUUUGGAGGCAGUGUCCCAUCCGUUCAUCGUGACGCUCUACUACGCCUUUCAGACUCCAAAGAAGCUGUAUUUUGUGCUUGAGUACUGUCCUGGCGGGGAGCUUUUUUUCCACCUCAGCCGGGCAGGGCGUUUCUCAGAAGGCCGCUGCAGGUUCUAUACGUCUGAAAUUAUGCUGGCGAUUGAAUACUUGCAUAGGCUCAACAUCAUUUAUCGAGAUCUGAAGCCCGAGAACAUAUUGCUAGAUGCUGAAGGCCAUGUAAAGCUUACGGACUUCGGCCUGAGCAAGGAGGGAAUUGAGGAUAAUUUUUCAGCAAAGUCUAUGUGCGGUACCCCAGAGUACCUAGCACCGGAGAUUCUAGACAAGAGGGGCCACGGCAAGGCUGUGGAUUGGUACUCGUUGGGCGCACUGAUGUACGAAAUGCUCACCGGGUUGCCUCCGUUCUACACGCGAGACCGGGACAAGCUCUUUGAGCGAAUCCGGCGCGGCGACCUGACGUAUCCCUCUUACAUCACCUCCAUCGCCAAGAACCUUUUGCAGCAGCUCCUCAUGGGAGAUCCUACCAAAAGACUUGGCGGGGGCCCGAAAGAUGGGGAGGAGGUGAAGCUCCAUCCAUUCUUCUCGGGACUCGAGUGGAAUGCCAUCCAGCAGCGAAGAGUAACGCCACCCUUCAAGCCAAAUAUUGCAGAGGGUGGUGACGUGAAGUAUUUUGACAAAGAGUUCGUGGAUCUCCCAGUCGUGAAUUCUGAAGUAGCUGACGGCGCACACCUCCGGGACGUAAACCACUUUGAGGGCUUCACCUAUCAAGCCAACGACCUGGAAGAACGUCCGGUGGCCGGAAGAUAG